GAAAGCAACCUUCGGGAAAGGACAGAAGCAUGAGUUGAAUGUUUCCACUUACCAGAUGUGUGUGCUGAUGCUGUUCAAUAAUGCUGAUCAGUUGAGUUACAAAGAAAUUGAGCAGGCCACAGAAAUACCUGCCUCAGACUUGAAGAGGUGUCUACAGUCUCUGGCCUGUGUUAAGGGGAAAAACGUUCUACGGAAGGAACCCAUGAGCAAGGACAUAGCCGAGGAUGAUGCCUUCUUCUUCAAUGACAAGUUCACAAGCAAGUUUGUAAAGGUUAAGAUAGGCACUGUGGUUACACAAAGGGAGACUGAACCAGAAAAUCAGGAAACAAGGCAAAGAGUGGAAGAAGAUAGGAAACCCCAGAUUGAGGCAGCAGUUGUUAGGAUCAUGAAGGCAAGACGGGUGUUGGAUCACAAUAACAUUGUCACUGAGGUUACAAAGCAGCUGCAGUCCCGGUUUCUGCCAAAUCCUGUUGUAAUUAAAAAGCGAAUAGAGUCCCUUAUCGAGAGGGAGUUCCUAGAGAGGGAUAAAGCGGAUAGGAAAUUAUAUCGGUACCUUGCUUGAAAAAAAAAACUGUGUUGUUUUUUCACCUUGUCAGGGCCUUUCACCUGGGUUUGUAAUUUCUCCUCCAUUUGUAAGUUUGACUGUUGUUCUUGAAUUAUUACAAGUUCAGGCUGAUUUUACUCCA